AUGGCCGAGUACAAUGCACAGCCCGUUAACGGGAUACCUCAAAAUGGAGAGACGGGACAGUACAUUGCGCGCGGCUCGAAUGAUCGCUUUGAGCUCAUCUCCGGUCCCCUGCUCAACCUUAAGAACAUGCACUACGAAGCCACGACCACCUGGCACGGCAGUGUCUUGAUUGUCACAAAGCCAACCCAGGACCAGCCCCAGCUGCGCCUGCGCCAGGUAGGCGCCGUGGACAGCGGAGCCCAGAAUGGCGAGGGCAGGGCCCCGACGAGCCAAACAAUCGAAGGUCUCAAGCUCUACGAAGAUCCUCAGAAGGCAUUCUGGCGAUUUUCGCUCACCGUGCCAGUGGCCGCAUUCGAAGCGCGCUGGGCGUACGACAUCCCCGGUCUGUACGAGUCCGGGGCCCAGGUCCAGACACCGUGGGAAUUUGUCGUUCCUGCCGAAGAGCAGUCCAUGCGCAUCAUGUUCCACUCGUGCAAUGGCUUUUCCGUCGGCACGGAUAUGGAUGCCUGGGUGGGGCCGAAUCUGUGGAACGAUGUGAUGCGCGUGCAUGGCGAGAAGCCAUUCCACGUUAUGGUUGGCGGCGGUGACCAGAUCUACAACGACGGUAUUCGUGUGGAUGGCCCGCUCAAGCCUUGGACUAUGAUUUCGAAUCCCCACAAAAGGCGACACCAUGACUUCAAUAAUCAGAUGCGUGCUGAGAGCGAUGACUACUACUAUGCCAACUAUGUCCGCUGGUACAACACUGAGCCAUUCCGCACUGCCAAUGGCCGCAUCCCCCAGGUCAAUAUCUGGGAUGAUCAUGAUAUCAUUGAUGGGUUCGGCUCGUACACGGACCACUUCAUGAAGUGUGCUGUCUUCCGCGGUAUCGGCGGUGUCGCUUUCAAGUAUUACUGUCUCUUCCAGCACCACAUUGCUCCUCCCAAGUCGACUUUCACUACCGAUUCCCCGCAGACUAUGCACGCCGUCAAUGGAACUUCCGGUGUUGACCCACGUCAAGUGGAGAACACGUACGUUCUGGAGAACCAGGUCGAGGAUGACAGCUGGAUCAUCGGCAAACGGCCCGGUCCUUACGUGGAAGAGCGCAGCCGAAACAUUUACAUGCGCUUCGGCAAGCGCAUUGCCUUUAUGGGUCUGGAUGCGCGCACAGAACGCACCCGCCACCAGGUCAAUUACCAAGACACCUACGAUCUGAUCUUUGACCGAUUGCAGCGCGAGAUCGUCGACUCCAACGGCGACAUCAAGCACUUGGUGGUAUUGCUAGGUGUGCCAAUCGCAUACCCACGUCUCGCAUGGCUCGAGAACAUCCUCACGUCUCCCCUGAUCGCGCCGGUCCGGCUGCUGAACAAGCGCUUCGGCGUGGCAGGCGGCCUCUUCAACGAGUUCGACGGCCAGGUCGAUCUCCUCGACGACCUGGACGACCACUACACCGCGCGCCAGCACAAGCGCGAGCGCAAAAUGCUAGUUCACCGCCUACAAGAGUUCGCCCGCAGCCACAGCGUGCGCGUAACCAUUCUCAGCGGCGACGUCCACCUCGCCGCCAUCGGCCGCUUCUACUCGAACCCAAAACUCAACCUCGCAGGCGAAAACGACCACCGCUUCAUCGUCAACGUCGUCAGCAGCGCUAUCACGAAUAAGCCGCCGCCUCAGGCCGUCGCGAACCUCCUUGCCCGCAGAAACAAAAUCCACCACCUCGACCGCGAAUGCGACGAGACCCUCAUGCCUUUCUUCGACAAGCAGCCCGGCGGCCGGGAGAAAGGUGCUGACUGGAAUAAGGUCACCAUGCCAUCCCGCAACUUUGCCAUCCUCACGGAGGUCGUCGCCCCAGGUUCUGGUAACACCGGUAUCCUCGACGCCAAUUCCGUGAAACUGGAUCGUCUUCCUAAGGACGGUCACGCACCACUGCAUAAGGGCGAAGUUGAUGCUGGAACGACGCACAGCGCUGCUGACGGGUUCACCUGUGCGAGCGGCAUGUAUGGCGGACUUGAUGUUUCCGUCCGUGUCGAGAUCGAUCCCCAUGAUCGUAGUGCUACUACCGAGGGAUAUGGGUUUAGUAUCCCGCCCCUGUUGGCUACCCAGGGUCCCCCAUCCACCGGUAACCGGCUUAGUCUGCACUCGCGCAGGUCCCAGGGCCGGCCGUCAACGGCGAUGUAA